AUGAGUCCGCGGCGUCGAGUGGAUUUCUUGCAAUGGCACAGUACGACUGCCGCUCGUCCGAACCAGUCGAAGACUAACAGCUAUGUCAGCUCAAGCAUCAAAUACGUAGAAGGGGAGAGAGCUCACCCCAAGUCUGAUUGUGCCGCUCAACUCAAUCGACAGGACCCCUCGACCUGCGUCGCUAGUAGCUUUGAAGCUACGGUCAAAUCUUCGCGCCCUUCUAUCUUUCCAUUCGCAUUGGAGGACCCAAUGUUGCCUCCGAGUCGGCUUGUCUUGAUCAAGUCAGGCGCCUGGACGCUUUUGUCGUGCCAUAAUCCAACCAAGUGUUUACCCAUUGGAUCGCCCAAUGCAGUCCCCCUCACUCUUCGUCCCCGUUUCGAGCCAGCUCCAUUUGGCAGAGCCCGCUGUAUCUGGCUGACUGGGGAGGUGUACGCCAGACCUGAACUCCGUGAUACGAUGGUUCGAGUCAGGCCCGGGUUUGCUAUUGAGCAAGACGACUACGCCUCUCAAUUACCUGUUCCCCUUCCUGUAAUCACGGUUCGUAGCCGAGGCUACGUAUUGCGCUUUGGCCGGCAAAACUUGGAUCGUUGGAUCGUUGUAGCCUUGCAUAACGUCUCGGACGAAAGUUCAGGGCGGGUUAUUCACUUCAACGUCAUCUACGAAGUCUCGACUGAGGUGGUAGCAGAAAUCGGUGAGGAUGUUUUCGGCCUGGGCAACGUUGUUAACUUUCACGGCCAAGUCAUGCACUAUUUCCGUCGAAGUGGGAAAUGGGUUGUCAAGCAAGGUAUGAGAAUGGCUAGGCAUGGACUGCUUGUACAUGUUCAGCUACCCUACCCUACCUGGCUAGUACUGUACCAGAUCAAUCAAGGGGUAUUAGCACAUUCACAUGGAUGA